AUGUCGCACGACUUUGCACACCAGGUCAACGCGCAGCCAUACUCGCCAGCGCCGCAGCACUUUCCACACCCAGGCAUGGCCGAUCCCAACAUGCAGUCGCGACAGCAGACCGUCGCCGCCUAUCCUUCACCGCACUCGUAUCCCUCGCCCUCGAUGCAAUCCUCUUACACGUAUCCCCCGCCCCAAGGCCAGCAGAGCAAUGAAGGCGGCUACCGCAGCUCUCCCCAGGGCGCAAACAUGUCGCUACCGCCCCUCAAUCUGCCGCCAAUUCGUGUGCAGGACGGCCAGCAACCGCAGGCGCAACAGCAGCCCCAGCAGCAACCCAUGGGCUCGCCCCUCCCUCCGCCGCAACAGCAGCAGCAGCAACAGCACCAAAUGCCCCAGUAUUAUGCUCACCCAGCGCAUGCGCAGCCUGGCCCGCCCAUGAUGGCCAACAUGGGUCCGCAGUUCAAUUCCAUGCGCUACCAGCUGCCGCCUCAGCCCGACCAGCGCGUUCUGUCUGGCGGUCGUCACAAGAAGGAGAUCAAGCGCCGCACAAAGACGGGCUGUUUGACGUGUCGCAAACGUCGAAUAAAGUGUGACGAGGCGCAUCCCAUGUGCAGAAACUGUCAGAAAAGUAAACGUGAAUGCUUGGGCUACGAUCCCAUUUUUAAGCAGCAAUCCGGCCCAGCCCAGAUACAACCUGCUCCCAAUUCCGCGCCUGCUCCCCACGCCACAAGUGCUCCCCCCGCCCCUGCCCCGGCUUCAACCUACAGCCAGAGCCCCGUGCCCCAAGGCUACGCUCCUGCCUCGUCUGCCGGCUACGCCGCUGCCGCUCCUGCCACAAGUGGGGAACAUCACCAGCCCAGCUUCCACGCCAUUGAUCCUGCACUUGCACAGGCAGACUCGGCUCUUCAGUCACAGCACUAUAACGGUGUGCAUGCCAUGGAUCCUGCUAUGAGAGCUCCGGGCCCUGCAUUCCCUCCACCCGGGCCGCCCAUGAAAGGCAAACGAUUGACCAUGUCGGAAACCUUUGCCAUAUGUAACCACAGCCCGCCAGACGUUCCUCAGCGUACUUCACCUGUACCCCGUGAAAUCGACGAAGAGUUUACCCGCAUCUUCGUCAACGACUAUCUAGCAGGCCUCGACAUGAUUCUAGAAACCAAUUGGUUCUCGACAAGCAGCAAUGCACUCAAUAGAGUCUUCUCAGAUCGUAGCCUGCACGAAGAAGCCGCUUUCUUCACCGAUACCAUCAAGUACAAGACAUCUGAUGCCGACAUGGGCGGCGUCUUUAGUCAAGAAGCUAGGCUGCUGUGGCACCUGCUCGGCACUUGCAAGCACAACACUCCAUCCACUAACGGGUCGGUACCCGAAAGUGAUGACCUCUUGUUACGAGAAGCUCGAGCCCGUUUCGACAUCCUCGAAGCUCUUCUGACCAAUCAUAAUCUCGACUCCAACCCCAUCCGCCAGCUCACAUACCCUGCUGGGCUCGACGAUGAGAAGAGAAUGGAGAUCGAUUUUUGGCAGCAUCUGGGCGAUUUCGUCCUGUACUCCGACGCUGACAAUGCGCCCCCUGGUGCUGCUGAUAACGCACUCGCCGUCCUCCGAGGAGUAUUACGCAUGCACGAGGUUCGUGACGCCAUCUACUCGAUUGCCGUUGCGCGUCACUAUGGCAAUCGCAUUGGGGGCUUCCCCAACAGUCUACCUGCCCCAUCGACACACCAUCCUGACAGCGACCUAAGCAAGCUUACCAUCGCCAUGACGUUCAUCAGCCACGAGAGUCGCGCCGCUACCCAACAGGUACUCGCACGUAUCUGUGACAUGGCCAUGGUCUCGUGGAAUGUCUCACGAAUGCCAUCAAAUCAUCAGCCCGGUGUUUUCCUACAAUGA